AUGGCUGGGAGGGGGCGGGCUCCAACGUACUGGGGAUUGGUGCGAGUGCCGGCAGCGGAGCAGCGGGAGAGGAACUUUACUGACCUGGUUAGCUUGCCCACCGCAAUGCUGGAGCCCCUCAGCGGGCGCAUGCAGUCGGGCGAGCCGCUUUAUCUUCGCUUCUUCCCCAAUGCCUUUGGAGACCUGAGCAAAUCUGUGACGGCUGGAGUGGGACACUUUGACGCCCCGCCAGACACGUUUUACCUGCCCGUCUGGAUGAUGGAGGUUUUGGGGGUCAAGGAGGGUGCUCGUAUUCGCUUUGAGGUCGUGGAGGGCACGGCUUUGCCACGUGCUGAUACUGUACAGCUCAAGGCCAAUGACCCUGCGUUUUUGGAGCUGCCCAACCCACGCGCCGUCCUGGAGAACGCUCUCAGCGCCUCGUAUCGCACACUCACUGAGAUUAAGAGCGGGGAUGCCGAGGUGUAUGUCGCCUCUGUUGAUGAAACCAGACGCCCUAGUCGUACCAACUUUACCUUUACUUGCCGCGAAUAUCAGCCGGGUUUGGCACGGGUGGUUGUGCCUACCCCGAUCAAGCAUUCAUCCACCUUUUAUAUCGGAAUCUAUGCGUACGGAUCAGCGGCUGCGGCUGGGCAGGUUGCAAGCCAGCCGAGUGAGGCGCAAGGUGUGCCUGCGACAGACUCUCAGAUCCCAGACCCCCUGGGAGAGCGAACGGCUUGCCCCAACUGCGGCGAACAAGUUCCUUCCUCGCGCUUGACAAUGCACACGGCCUACUGCGUGCGGCACAACAAGAAAUGUACCAUCUGUAAUCGCGUCGUACGCAAGACUUGCACAUGUGGAGCCCGGCUUGACAUAUUGGCUCUGCAGGAGCAUCGACGCCAGGUCUGUCCCAUUUUUCCCAACCUGGACGUGCUGUCCACUCGCAUGCCUGCAUUCGCUUGCAAGACGUUGUCCUCAUCGCAGUCUCGGUACUAUGUUUUGCGGAUUAGACCUGCCCCCAACGGACCGUCAUAUGCCGCUUCUGUUAUCUGCAUCACGAAGCCGGGGCUGCUCCGAGCAACCACAACGAUCGCUUGGCCGGGCUCACUGCGCACGAGGUUGAGCGAGUGUGGGGCCCGAACUGAGGUGUGCGAGGUAUGCGGACAACGCGUGCAAUUGAAGCAAUUUCCCGUGCAUCGUUUGCUGCAUCCAGCGUCCACAACGACAACAGACCAACCGCGCAGCAGCGUGGGCACCGUAGCGCAAUCAGCCCCCGUGGAUGCCGCCGAGCUGGCUCGUCGGUAUGCCGCGGCAGGAUAUGAGUUUUACGGGGCUGGUUCGUCAACCCCUGCCUCUGUGCCAGCGCCCAGACCAAAGCCAACAACAAUAGCAGAGCCAGCGCCUCCAGUGUCCAUGGAGUGCGCCAAUGCCCAGUGCAACAAUACACGCCUCAGCAGUGGACUUUUGUGUGCGCUUUGUCAACAGACGCUUUGUGCUCGCUUGGAGAUGGAAGCCCUACCCCAGGACGAUGCCAAGGCCUUGCUGGGUCUGCUUGUUCGCUAUUAUUUUUCUCAGGCGCGCGAGCAAGCCUUGCAUACGCUGCAGGAGCUCGGCUUUGAUCGUGCGCAGAGUGAGGCAGCGUUGCGGAAGCGCGCUGGGGAUCUGCAUCGAGCCAUCGAAACGCUGUUGACGGCUGCCUAA